AUGCGCACAGUCUUGUUAACGUUAGUAGCCUUGUUACUGGUCUCCGGUCUCAAAUCCGAAGGAGAGGCGGAAUGGAAGAAGAGACAUGAAUGGGCUAGACAAUUCUGGGGCACUUUCAAGAUAACGCCGUCAAAACCCGUAGGACCCGACGGUUGGAAAAUGACUGUGACAUUUCCCGAACCUGGAAUCAGAAGGAUAGAGGUGUGGCAGGCGAAAAUCGUGUCUGUGAACGACGAUAAAACAGAGUUCGUGCUCGAAAAUCAGCAUUGGAAUGCUGAAUUAGAAGAGGAGAAAACGCUAGAAUUCCCCUUCACCGUAACCAAGAAGAACAGAAAGCGUUUGAAGGGCAUGACGGUGUCUUUCGAGCGUAUCGGCGAGGAAAGUGGUAGUGGAAUGUCUGUGGAAUGAAGGCUGAAUUUAUGGUUACUGUACUAUGCUUAGUAAGAAAAGUUGAAAGAAUAAAAAACGAAAUAGUUAAAAAACAAUUACAAGGGAUUGAAGUCACUUCCAUUUUUCAAAAAGUUUGAUAAAUAUAAAGGACCUUCUCCACCGUAUUCUACCGUAAACUUCCGGUUUCCCAAACUAAAUGGUAAUUAGUAUAAAGCGUACCUUUUGGGGCUGUAAAACGGAGUUGAGACAGUUCUAAACACAACAGCGUUCUAAGACGAUUCUCAGUUAACCCAACGCUAAUUUCUAAUUUCUGUUUAUCGUGAACAGGUCCCGAUGGUUUCUAAAACUGAGGCCCAAAUAAGACUUAGUUUAGAUUGCGGACCCUAUACGUAGCAAGGAUAUCUGGCACAGUCUGCAAAGUAAGAGACCAGGGGUUACCAUACUAUACCUUUUUAGUUUCGCAAAUGCUUCUUUGACCUCACUCCAUGUAACGGAAUCAAGACAGUCUUGGAUUCUGGAUUCCACGUCGUGGAUUCUGCAAUCCCGGUGCUGGAUUCCAGUCUUUGUCAGUGGAACUUGGAUUCCGGAUUCCAGUCAUUAGAGGGAAUCCGGAAUCGUCAAGCUGUAUUUCGGAUUCCAAUACCCUGGAUUCCGGAUUCCAUAAGCAACAUUUUCCCGGAUGCCGGAUUGCAUAAGCAGAAAUCUCCCCAAUCUUGGAAUCCGGAUUCCCUUAUGGUGGGGCGAUUAACCGAAUUUCAGGUACUUUGGUUUAAUUAUGAACGAACAGAAAAAUCUGUCCUGAUUUGACAGAAUCGGAUUUGUGAAUUUCGGGCCUGAUACUCGUUAGCCUGAAAUUCAUCCGAUUCGUUUUCUCCUGAGGGAGUAAUAACGACUCGAAGUAAUCGGAUGAAAUUCAGGCUAGAUACUCGUUAACUAAAUACCGAUAAAAACUAUACAAAAAAAUUGUAUUAACAAAAAUGAUACAACUGAACUUUGGAAGAAUACAAUUUAUUCGGAGUGAAAGACUUUCGCAGUUGCUGAAUAAACUCUGUCAAUAGGCGAGCAGUCAGCUUACGUUAAAUUUCAUAAAAACAUAACAAUAACAUUUUCAAUACCUGUCACUUGUUAAAUGGUUUCUCUUUAAUUUCCUAUUUUGGUCACUAUUUUCAGUCUAUGAGCCAACCCGGCUGAAAGCAACUCAGUUUACAUUGUCUAAAAACAGUCUUUAACUAUUCAGCAAAUCAACAAAUAGAUUCAGACAUAACUUCUGUUGAUGUGAAUGACAAACUGAUUUGCAACUUGAAAUAAUGCUUUGCCGGCAUAUGCACCUCCUGAUACUGGUCGUUACUAGAUAUUAUAGGGUUGAAAACCUCCCGGAAAACCUUUUUUUGUAUCAAAGUUUUCAAUAUACUGUGAAUUGUUGAACUUGAAAAAAGACAAUAAUAUUUUAUCAGCUGAGGCGCCUUUGUAAAGGACACAAGAAAACAAUUUGAGCUUUUGCAUUUCUCUUGUGUCUACCUUGAACGGUGUGUUUGGCCAGUUCGCUUACAUCGCACAUAAGAAUCAGAAAGCUUUGUUUAAGCAGCGUAAUAUGUUUUUAAAACCAACAAUGUUAAAUUACGAUCAUGUAUAAGACAUCUCUUGUUGGCUUUCUCCACGUCUGAAUAUCAGCGAUCGGCAGCUAGACAACAGCAUAAAAUCUCUUUAAAAGAUCCGAAUUAACAAGAGGUGAGUUUUCCAUGCGGUAUUUUCCUAAGUUGCCACCCACAUUGAAACACCUAAACGUAUCAAGCCAUUUCGGCCGGCCAGUGUACGAUGUAUUCAUUAAACCCACUAGAUUGUUUGCCAGCUAAACGCAAUCUUGCUUCGGUAUAAGGUUCUCUGAGCUUUUACUGGCUCUUCCUUUCUUCAUUUCCUUAUACAAAACGUUAAGAGGUAACAACUGAGGCAGCUACCUUUUUUAUGCAAAGACACCAAACUCAAAAUUUUUCACCAGUCAGUACGUUUUAAUAUGUUAAAAGUUAGAUUAAGCUUUUAUAGUAAGCAUCGUCACAAGUUUUUGUUUUUUUACGAAUGACCGCAAAAUACGAAAUGUUAUCAAUCGAAAUAAAACUCGUCUUAUGCCAUUUUUGAGUGAUCUUAAUUUGUUCGUUUUUGGGGACGUGUGAAAGUUUGUAAAGUGUGUUUUAAAAUCAUACAAUAGAGAGUUCGUUAAGUUGUUUGCCCAAUCGGUCGAGAUAACGUAGCAUCUAAUGCCUAUUAAUAUGAUGUCACAUAUAAUUGACAAAAAGUUUCUUUUUCCUCAAUUCAUCCUUCACCCAGGCUAAAACUAUGUUACUUAUAGUAAAAACCGUAUGUAAGUGACGAUAGAAAAAAAAAUAAAAAUAAACAAAAACAAAAAAAUCACGACCUCCGCUGAACCAAAAACUAACAACCUAGUAACAAUGGUUUGACUCCAAGACUCAUCUACUGAAGUCGUCGGAAAAGGAGAAAUCUGAAAAAAAUUUCGCGUAUACUAAUAUUUCACUUCAAUAAUCAUGUCUUAAUUUCAUUUGUUAAUCUGAGGUUAUGUUGUGAUACCAUUUUAGGAGAGCAUGAGGUGUACAUUCGUUGUCCUAGCUAUCUCCAUUCUACUUCUUUACUCCCAGCGAGCAUUCUCCGAAGAAGUCAAGGUGAAGAUCUUUAAUCAGUGGCCCCAAGGAUUCUACGGACAGAUAUCGAUUGAUCUCGAGGACGAAGUCGAAGAUGGUUGGCAAAUCACCUUGAAGUUCUCGAAGCCAAUUAAAGAAUUGCUAGCUUGGAAUGCUAAUGUAGAUGCCUCUUCAGACGACAAGAUGGUGUAUAUCCUCAAGAACAGGUUCUGGAACAAAAAGCUUAAGGCCAAACGUUUGAAGUUUCGAUUCCUAGGGUACAAAGCAAAGGUUAAUGAACGCGCGCCAAAAAUAUCUGGCGAGUUCACUCGUCUCGGAGAGGAAUCUGGAAGCGGUUUCUCAAAAUGA